AUGAUGCCCGUGUGGUGGUACUUCCAGCCCUCUUUCAACUGCCCUCACGAGGUCGAGCGUGUUGGGAGACUCAAUGAUGGUGGCAAGUGGAUGUGCGGAAUGCCGGUCCUCGAGAGCAUGACCAAGGAGGACAAGUGUGUUAUCUACUCCCUCGGUGUCUUUGACGACUCAUCAUGGGAGAAGGAGAUGAUUGACCGCACCAACUGUCAGGUCUUUGCGUUCGAUGCCUCUGUCGACAAGAUCGCUGGUGAUGCUGCUGGCGACCCCAACAUUCACUUUUUCAAAUACUUUAUCGGCGGCAAGGACAAGGUCGACAAGAAUGGCAUGGUCUGGAAGACUCUCAAGACGAUCAUGAACGAGAACGGACACGAGUGGAUCGACGUGCUCAAGAUUGAUAUCGAGGGCACCGAGUUUGAUGCCCUCAACGCCAUGAUGGACCAAUUCGAUAUCCUGCCCUUUUCUCAAUUGCAGCUCGAGAUUCAUUUGUAUAGUGAUGUAGAGAAAAGAAAACACUUUAUGAAGCUUGUCAAGUUCUGGGAACGUCUGGAGGGUCACCACCUUCGUCCGUUCUGGUCCGAGCUGAACACGAUUGUUGCCAGGAUGGGCAAUUUUCUUACACUGUCCGAAUACAGUUUUAUUAAUAUUGCUGACAAGCGCAGACUCUUGGUUUGA